AUGGCUUUCGGCGCAGGCUUGAAGGUUCUUUUCAGCCUUGCUGCAUUGGUGCUUUUCAUGCAAGAAGGUUCCUGCCUGUCAUGCCCGAGUGGGUGGGUACAGCGACAGGGGACAUACGACUGCUACCAGUUCAAAACAGACACCACUUCAUGGGACCAGGCAAGGGCUAACUGCCACACCCAAGAGGCAGACCUCACUUCACUCGAUAAAGCAGGAGAAAACGAAUGGGUAAUCUCUCAACUGUCUGGAUCAUCGAUCAGGGACGAUUACUGGAUUGGAUUAAGUGAUCCCUUCGGUCAUCUAGUUUAUGUUUGGAGUGAUGGAUCAAUAUAUGAUCCAAACUUGGCGAACUGGGAUAGCGGUCGUCCCAGUCACAGUAAGGGUACCAAGGCUUGUGUAGCCAUGGGCUAUAAUCCGGGAUGGGCCUGGCUCGACGAAGAUUGUGGUUCCGCCAAGGCAUAUGUAUGCCAUAAGACACUCACUCAACCUGUCCGGUGUGAUGAGAGCAAUGGAUGGAUAGAGAAAUUUCAAAACUGCUACUAUCUUUCAACAAAAUGGAUGACCUUUGACGAUGCUCAGGAAUUAUGCACGCGUUCUGAUGCUAACCUUAUCGACAUUGCUGAUGAAGAUGAGCAGAUGUUACUUGUAGAAUUUGUAGAAGAAGCCAAGAGUUAUCUAUGGAUCGGAUACAAAACAAUAGCUGGAAGGGAUAAUUUCAAGUGGACAUCAGGACUCGAAACAGGUUUCGAACAAUGGGCUGUGAAUGAACCGAAUAUGGAUGCUCUUGAGAAGUGUACUCAGGCGAGAUAUCAGGACACUGGGACAGGUAACUGGUCGACGACAGACUGCCAGUGGACAAGGAGAUUUAUUUGCGAGAAACCAACUGGUAUGUGUUAUCCAGGCUGGCGGAUAUACGAUGGUUACUGCUAUCAGAUGGUUGCAUACUCACCUACCACGUGGGUGGAUGCCAAACAGCAGUGUGAAGCACAGGGUUCCACCUUACUCACCAUCAAAGAUGAAAAGGAGCAGGACUUCAUCAAUGAACAGCUACCCGUCCUCUGGCAAACUGGAAUCUCAAACAUUUGGCUGGGGAUCUCAGAUACCAUUACAGACGGAGAAAUGAAAUGGACAGACGGAACGGCGUAUGAUGAUACAGCUUACCAGAACUGGCCCGCUCACAAGAAACCGGCUAACAGGGAGGAUGAGGCACAAUGCGGAUCUAUUUAUGCUGGUUCUUCGAUUGGGCAGUGGGAUUAUGGUGACUGUUUCAAUCUCUUUGACUACUCCUGCAAGAUUCGCGAAGGUAAUAGGGACUUUUAG